AUGGCAAGGAGUAGCAAGUCAGUAGCAAGGACCCUGGAGGAUUUGACGCUCGAUUCGGGUUAUGGUGGAGCCGCCGACUCCUUCAGAUCUUCCAGUGCGUCGCUGUGCUGCUCUGAGGCGCAUGGGGGGAACCACUGGCAUUUAACCGAUUCGAUGCACAGUCGCCACAACAGCCUGGACACUGUUAACACCGUCCUGGUCGAAGACGCCGAGAUCCUGGAGUGCACCGGGCAGUGCGCUAAACUACCCGAGCUUGAGGAUGUGCCAUGGAGCCUCGGGGAAGUGGCGUGCGCAUUAAACAAGGACGAAGAGAUGAGCCUACCGACCCCCCCGCCGGACGUCCUGCUCAGGCUCUCGGUGCUGAUCAGCCGGGUCCUGGUCAGGGUUGCCAAAGAGUCCCAGCGCCUGAGUUUGCGCUACGCAAAAUGCACUAAAUACGAGAUCCAAAGUGCCAUGAAGAUCAUCUCGUCCUGGAGCGUGUCGGUGAGCUGCACCGGGGCGGCCCUCAGUGCCUUGUCCCUGUACAACAUGAGCACGGAGGGGGACAAGUUCAGCCGCGGCAAGUCGGCGCGCUGCGGACUCAUCUUCAACGUGGGGAAGUUCUUCAGGUGGAUGGUCGACAGCCGGGUGGCGGCCAGGAUCCACGAGCACGCCGCCAUCUACCUGGCCGCCUGCAUGGAGAGCCUGUUCCGCGAGGUGUACGCGCGGGUGCUGCGCAGCGCGCUGCUGGAGCGCGAUAACGGGAUCCCCAAAUUCACCGUGGAGACCUUAGAGCAGGCCGUCAACGGCGACGCAGAGGUGUGGGGCUCCCUGCAGCCCUGGCAACACCUGAUCUGCGGGAAGAAUGCAAGCGGUGACAGGAUGAUUGUUUAG